AUGGCUUGUAGUGAAAAAAGAGAUGAUGUGGGUUCACUUGAGAAUAUAAAACAAAAUGAUAAGAAUGAAGAGAACCUGAGGAAUUUUGAAAGUACCUUCAUAUAUGACUGGAAGAAGGCUCUGAAAAGAGUCGAAGAAGGAAGAAACUGUUGCGAAAAUUUAAGCAAGAUAUUUUCAGAAAUGAUAAGAAUAGAGAAAGAAUAUGAAAAUAAUUUAAAAAAUUUAUGUAAUAUGUUUCAAGUAUUUGAUAAUGAAUCAUCAGGUAUUAAUAAUGGAAUUAUUAGUUUAAGAAAGAAUAUCGAAAGAAGAUGUGAACAAAUAAAAGAUUUUGUAAAUUAUAUGGAAUGUGAAAUAUUAAAUAAUACUUUAAAUAGUACUUUAAUUAAUCAUAAGAAUGUUUUUGAUCAGAUUAAAGUUGAUGGUAUAGAAAAUGAUAAAAUUGUUGAAAGGACAAGAAAAGAAAGUGUUAAAAAUAUUGAGAAUUGUGUUUAUGCAUAUGAGAAUUUAAUAGAUUGUAUUAAUAUUUUUCAUAAUAGUCGAUAUUUCCAUCCUUUAAAAAGAAUUGAAUUAUCUACUAGUUGUAUUAAUAAAUAUUUAUUUGCAAAGAAGAAAGAAUAUGAAUAUAAAAAUACAAUUAAUAAUAUAAAUUCUGUAGAAUUAAAUAAAGAAAAAAGAUUAAAAAGUAUAUUAUAUUCAUUAGAAUCUAUGGAUCAUAAAAGAAUAUCAUGUGUUAAGGAUAAUAUUAUGAAAUAUUUAAUAUUCUUUACAUCAUAUAUAAGAAAUAUACAAUAUGAUAUAAAUUCUUGUAUUGAUGUUUUUAAAGAUAUCAAUGCAUAUAAAGAAAUUGAAGAAUAUUGUGCAUCACAUUCUAAUAUUAAUCAAAAAAAAGAAAAUGAAGAUUUAAUUUUCUAUAAUAAUAUUGUUUCUUGGCCUAUGCUUAUAGAUUAUUUUAAUGACUUAUAUAAUAUAAAUAAAAAACAUCUAGAUCAAAAUAUUCCUUUGAAUGAUGAAAUGCAAGUGGAUUAUACUAAUCAUAAUAAAAAGGGAUACACAAAUUUUAUAUCGUCCUUUUUUAAUGUUAAUAUGUAUAAAAAUCUGAUACAAAAUAAUAAUAUUAAAAAUAGUCACAAUUUUAAUAAUAUAUAUACGAAUAUAUUUAACGAGAUAGUGUUUUUUAAUAAAAAGGAGGAUGAAAAGGAAGAUGAAGAAGAAGAGGAGGACGAUGAUGGAGAUGAGGAGGACGAUGAUGAAGAUGAGGAGGACGAUGAUGAAGAUAUUGUAGAUGACAAAGUUUUAGAUGACAAAGAUGUAGAUGACAAAGUUACAUAUGAUUGUAAUGAGAUGGGGGAAAAAAAAAACAUUGUCAAUUUAAAUGAGGAUGAUCAUAAAAAAGAAAAUUAUAAAAAUGUAAUUGAUAUUUCACGUAGAGUAGAUUUUUUUGAAAAUGAUGAUAAUGUGUAUAUAAAAGAUUCAGAUAAUAUAAAAAAGGAGGAAGAAAAGGAUUCAUUUUAUAGUAAGAAUAAAGAGCAGGGAGCUGACAAUUUUGAUAAGGAAAAUAAAAGUAAAAAACAAAACAACACACAUAAUCACCGAAAUAACAAUAAUAAUAAUGAAAAGUCAUUUAUCUCUAGUGAGAAAAGCGAAAGUGAUAUAGAAUCAGAUUAUAGUUAUAAAUAUAUAAAAAAUAUCUAUGAAAAAUUUGAAUGUGUUACUGAAUAUAGUGGUGAUACGAAUGAGAAUGGUUGUGUAGUUGUUUCACCUAAUAUAAAUAAUAAUGUGAAAAGAAUGAAAAUAUUUUUUCGUUAUUAUAUUAAAAAUUUAUUUUUUGGAAAUUUUGAUAAAAUAUCAGAUUUUAAUAUAACUAGCCAUUUUAAUAUUUAUAGAAAUCGAUUUUUAUUUUGUGAGUGUUUAAUUGAUUUUAUUAAAAAGAAGAGAGUUUUUUUUGUUAAUGUUAAAAGUAUAGUUAUAUUUGCAAAAAUUAUUUUAAUAUUAUUAGAUUAUUGUAAUUUGCAUUUAGAUUAUUGGUCUUGUAUUUAUAUUUUGGUUGCUUCUGAAAAUUUUUUUUGUGAAUUUGAAGUGGAUGACAUAAAUAUGUUGUUGUCUAAAUAUCCUUUUAAUGAAAAAGUAAAAGAGAAUAACCAAAAAAAAAAAAAGAAAAUAUUAAAUAAUAAUAUUAUAUAUAAUGUAAAUGGGAAUAUAAAGAAAAAUAUAAAUAUUCAUAAAAUGAAUGAAGACAAUUCUAUAAACAAGGACAUUAAUAUGUCUGAUGAGUAUAAAAACAAUAACAAAAAAAAAGAUACCUUUUCAUCAUCCUCCUUUUUAAUAUGUGAUUCGAGUGAAAAUUUAAAGAACAAAAAAAUGGAUCAUCAGAUUGAUAUGGAGAAUUUAGAAGAUGAUAAUAAGGAUGUUUCUAGAGAUAAUAGUAAAAGUAUUGUAAAUAUAUAUGAAUGUAAUAAAAAUGGUUCUAAAGAAUUAAAUGAUAGGGUUAGUAUGUGUAUUGAUAACAACAUGGAAGAGAAUGAAGAUAUAGAAACUGAUCUGAAUAAAGUAAACAAUAAACAGAAUGAAGAACAAGUGAAUGAAACAAAUUAUAGUAGCCACCUCAAUAAUAAUAAUAAUAGUAAUAAUAAUAUUUUGGUUGAAAAGGACGAUAAUAUUUGUAGUAAGAAAAAAAAAAAAAUUCUUCUAGGUAAAUUUUUAUAUACACACAAUAUAUGGAAUAAUAUAAAAUUUUGGGAAGUGAGUAUCUUAAUUAUUAUAUCAGAAAUAAUACAAGAAAUGGUUUUAUUAGAAAAACUAAGAUAUGAAAAUAAAGAAUUGUUAAUUAAAAAUUAUUUUUUCUUUUUUAAAUAUUUCAAUUUUUAUAAUAGUAUGAUAAAUUUCGGUUUAUCUAUUUGUCAAAUUGAACUGUUAUUAAAUAAAAUUUUUCAUUCAUUCAAUUUAAAAAAUGAUCCAGUAUCUAGGAAAUUCUUUUUCCAAGUUAUAGAUAUUGCUACCAAUAAAAAUAUUACUUUGAAUUAUAUUAAAAUGGAUAAUAAAAAUAUAAAUAAUGAAUAUAAAAAGUACUAUCUGCAAUAUUAUAACAAUUUCUUAAAUGACGAUAAUAAUAAAAAUAAUGUAAAGAAGAAAUAA